AUGGUGGAUCUGGAGGGUGGGGGACCCACCCUGCCGCUGCUCCCCAUGUACCAGGCGUGCCCCGGCGGGGCUGCCAUGGGCUUCCUGGAGCUGCACUGGGGCGAGGCACGGCAAGCGCCCACAGCGGCCGGGCCCGCGGGCAUCGCCGCGGCCAGGCAGUGUCCUGAGGCGGGAGCGAGGAGGCACACAGCAGAAGUGUCCCCAGCUUCAUCCAGUUCUGGGAAUUUCAGCCAAUUCACACCAGAUUCAGCCACCAGUCCACAUUCAUCAUCCUCGUCCCCACAGCCUACAGCUAAGUCUCAAAAGGGCAGAGAAUAUGGCGUGGAGGGGAUGAGGAAGACCAAGAGCCGUACAGCUUUCUCCAAGGAGCAGCUGCAAACUCUGCACCAGCGCUUCCAGAGCCAGAAGUACCUGAGCCCCCAGCAGAUCCGGGAGCUGGCUGUGGCCCUGGGAUUGACCUACAAGCAGGUGAAGACUUGGUUUCAGAACCGGAGGAUGAAGCUGAAAAGGUGCCAGAAGCACAGCCUGUGGAGCGAACGGGCUCAGUGCCUCACGCAAAGUGGCUUCCAGACUGGUACUUACCUGGAUAUGCACCCCAAAUUCCACCAGGGCUACCCCAUCACCGCAGCUGGCAACAUCCAAACCAUGCCUGCCCCCUGUCAGCACUAUGGAGCAGGGCAGAACGCUUAUACAAUCGUGACCAGCGAGGACGGAGGAGUCUUUGGCAAAGGCGGGGGGACCUGCAGUGUCCAGCAGACAGUGGGCUUCAUUGCCCAGCACAAAGUAGACUUUUACCACAGCUACCCUGGCAGUGUGGAAUAUCCAGGCUCAAAGACAGGUGAUGGCUGUAAUUUUCACCAUUCAGCCACUAUGGGGGCUCCUUUCCCCACCACUACCAGCCAUCCUCUUUAUCAUUCCUAAGCAUUGUGGAUGUGGGG